AUGGAUGACAUCAAUUAUUCGGAUCUGAAGGAUAACCUCAAAAAGGAGCGAAUUUGGCUACUUUACUUUCAUCGCAAUCAGUGGGUCCUCUUUCCAUGCCACUCCAUUCAUUCGAACUCCAUUUCGACUAGAAAUCCAGAUGUCAUUCUUGAAGAAAUCGUGGGAGGCAAUGCGAAUCGUAUGCUGUUCGAUGAACCAUCGUCGAACGACGCUAUUUCAAUAUGUCUCGUUUCAGAUGGAAUAAUGGAGAAGAUCGUUGAGGAUCUCGAGGUCAUAAAUCGUGGUAUAUGA